GCUGUUAUGUCCAACUGUUAUCGGACUGUCUUCUUAUCAUUGGUGAAAUGUUCGAGGCGUUGGUGAAAUGUGCCACCAAAACGCCUUCGACGAGCUUUUCCAUAGUUUGGCCAAUAAUGAAGAACAAAAAAUAACAAAGUGAGCAGUUUACCAAAGCGACCGCGAAUUUCAGUUCAAUUCCGGCAACGCGCGCGUACCGAAGUGGGCGAGAAAUUCUUUUUUGACGGGAAAACCUCGCGCACUAUAUAUGGUGAUAUAUUUUUUGGAUUCUCCUGCCGUCCACUGCAAAAUAUAAUAUUUUCCAUGCGCCUCUGUGGUUGUGUGUUUUUGUGUUGUGCAAACUUGUUUCCCCUCAAGCGUAAACAUAUGAAAUAAAAGUGAAUAUACUGGCAAAACUGAUUGCACGAUCUUUGAAAACCCAUGAAUAGUUCUCAAACAUAAAAGGGGAACAAAUUGUGAAAAAUAUCUAAAGCGUUUGAAAUUCUUGCGACAAAGAAAAAGUAGCAGCUGGAGGCACUUCGACGGCAAAGGCAACAUGCAGCGGCCAAACUUCGGCUCAAUUAUGCGCGCAAUCAAAGCAACUUAAUUACUCCAGAGUUAUCCGGCGAACACACAGAGGCGCAGAAAUAUAGAGACCGCAAUCACCGAGCAGCAGUAGUCUGAUAGAGAAUCGCUGCGACUAUGCAAAUUAGCCAAGCCAAUUCACAGAGACAAAUUGGUAAACAAAAUGACACUGAAAGCGCCAGACGCAGACCCGCAUCACUCGAUUUGAUUGAAGUACCAGUUCCGAGAGAAAUUGUCAACAGUUUCCAAAUUAGCAAGCGCGCUUGCCUGUUCCCAAUGCUCCUCCUCCUACUGCUGUUUGGGCUGGUUUUUGGCCCCAAGGAUUGUGUGGCCACUUGCCGCGAGGAGCCAGCCCGCGAUUGUGAGGCUAUAUGCGAUGCGAGUGGCAGAAACUGCACCAUUCGGGCAUUAGUCCUACUGCCCGAUGACAAUAUGUACCAGGCCUCGCUACCGCGUGUCCUGCCAAUCCUUAAAGUGGCCGAACAGCAGAUCCGUUCCAAGUCCUUGAUUCCACCGCACAUCGAUUUCGAGUGGCUGGCCCAUGACACCAAGUGCGAUGCCUCCCUCGGCGUGAUUAAGGCCAUGGAUGGCAUUAUCAAACAGUGCGCCCAGGUGAUCUUCGGACCCGUCUGCGAUUACUCCUUGGCUGCAGUAAGCCGGAUUACCAAGUACUUCAAUAGCCAGGGCACCCCACUCAUAUCAGUUGGAGGCUCGACCUACGACUUUGAGCAGAAAAAAACCGAUUGCAAUGACGAGUUCUAUAUGCUGUUGCGCACGGGAAUGCUGAGUUUCGAGACAAUUUCCGAGCUGACCAUAAACGUGAUGAAGCGACACAACUGGUCGCAUUCCAUCUUCUACUAUGAACGGGAUGGCCAGCGAAGUGUGGCCGGAAUGCACACCUGCUUCCUCAUGAUGAAAUCCUUGGGAAAACAAAUGCGUAACGAGAACAUGACAUUCGCCCAGUUUCCACUUGAGCCCAACUUGACAAAUCGCACGGAGGAAAUGCGCCGAGAAAUUGGCAAUAAACAUGCAAGUAAGUAA